GAUGGUGAUUGGUCGGAACGCGGGGAUUCCGCUACUGCAAACUGCCCUGAGGCGCUUGGUCACCGUUCGAAUAUACCAGCGACGAUGUCGAAAACGGUAAAGGACCUGGCGGCUGGAACUGCCGGAGGAGUUGCACAGGUCCUUGUUGGGCAACCUUUCGACAUUGUCAAAGUGCGUAUGCAAACGGCACCGAAAGGCACUUACAGCGGCAUGGUGCACUGUGCUGGUGGUAUCCUGAAAAACGAGGGGCCUUUGGCUUUCUACAAGGGAACAUUGACACCUCUCCUAGGCAUCGGUGUCUGUGUCUCUAUUCAGUUUGCUGUUCUCGAGUUCGCCAAGCGACAGUUUGCCGCCCAAAAUUUGGCCAGCGGGACAGGUGGUGAGGGAGGGAGAACACUCAGCAGCGGUCAACUUGUCUUUGCUGGUGUUUCUGCCGGUUUGGCUAACGGGAUAGUAUCUGGGCCUGUGGAACACAUUCGUAUCCGUCUACAAACACAGUCGGACAAAAACCGCUUAUAUGCAGGACCAUUUGACGCCAUUAAAAAAAUUAGCUCUGCCCAUGGAAUUGCAGGAUUGUUCAAAGGUCAAUGCGUGACCUUCCUGCGUGAAGCAACUGGCUACGCCGCCUAUUUCCUAGUAUACGAAAAAUUGGUUCAGCGAGAAAUCGCACAAAAAGGUAUCAGACGCGACCAAAUCAGCCCACUUAAUGCCGUUUUGUACGGCGCAACGUCUGGUUAUGCCCUUUGGGCAAUCAUAUACCCUAUAGACAUGAUAAAAUCGAGGAUGCAAACAGACGGGUUCAGUCCGUCGACUGGUCAAAAGUACGCUUCUGCAAGGGAUUGUGUUCGCAAAGUGUGGAAAUCAGAAGGCAUUAGUGCUUUCACUCGCGGUCUGGGACCAACACUGAUUCGUUCGCCGUUCGCCAACGGUGCCACGUUCCUUGGAUUCGAGAUGGCAAACAGGAUGCUGCAAUCUUGGUAAUUGCCAUCACAAUGUCAUUCGCUCCUAUAGACACUACAAGCCACGAAACGAUCAAGAUCCGAUAUACAGAAUUCCAUUGGAGUAUAUAUUACAGCUUUGAUUUAUAGAUAUGGACAGGUAAUCGGAGGGUGCUCACUGCCUGCACGUGCUGGCGUGUAAACAAUGAUUAUGACUGUUCUACGAGCUAAGAGCAUAUAUGACGAUGAUAACCCAGAAGCUUCGCAUACUGUUGAUUGUCUGUAUCUUGUGAUUGAAACUCGCAAUGAGAUGUUCCGCAGAGUAA